AGCAGCCGCUUGCUCAGUGCGACUCACGCAGCAGACAUGGCCCUCUCGCUCUUCGCCCUCGCCGUCAUGGUGGCCGCUGCCCAGGCCGUGGUGGUGCCCGCGCCGUACGCGCCCCUGCCCUACGGAGGCCUGCCCUACGGCGGCCUGGCCUACAACGGCCUGAACGGCCUGCCCUACGGCCGCGCCGCCGUGCUGCCGGCGCCCGUGGCCGCGCCCGCCGCCGUGCGUGCCAUCGCCGCGCCCGCGCCCGUCGCCCCCGAGCCCUACGACCCCAACCCGCAGUACAGCUACGGCUACUCCGUGCACGACGCCCUCACCGGCGACAGCAAGGACCAGCAGGAGAGCCGCGACGGCGACGUCGUCCAGGGCAGGUACUCCCUGGUGGAGCCCGACGGCACCCGCCGCACCGUCGAGUACACCGCCGACCCCGGCGCCUACUCCCUGGUUGAGCCCGACGGCACCCGCCGCACCGUUGAGUACACCGCCGACCCCGUCAACGGCUUCAACGCCGUCGUGCACCGUGAGCCCGCCGUCGCUGCCGUCGCUAAGGUCGCCGCCCCCGUGGCCGUUGCGCACGCUCCCGUCGCCUACGGCGCCCCCGCGUACGCUAAGGCUUACUACGGCUAA